AUGGUCCUGGAGCUCUUGUUAUUUUCCAUUUCAGAAGUAGGCAGAUUUGGGGGUCUCUGCGGGACUUUCUGUGCGCUGUGCCUUUCGUGUCAGAUCGCCUCUGACAUGGACGAAUGCUGCCUCUGCGGGGCCAGCGUGGCCAUGAGGACCCUGUACCGGACCCGUUAUGGCAUCCCGGGAUCUAUUUGUAAUGACUUCUUAGUGAUGGGAUGUUUCCCUAACUGCGCCCUUUGUCAACUCAAGCGAGAUAUUGAUAGAAGAAAAGCAAUGAAUGCUUUUUAA